AUGGAGGCGGACGGGAGCCAGGCUACCUCGGGGAGCCCCGGAGAGGCGCAGCACGACCCCGGCUCGCUCUUUGUCUCUCGCAGAGGCUUCGGGUUCGUUACGUUCGCGGAUCCGGCGAGUGUAGACAAAGUGCUGGCCCAGCCGCACCACGAGCUGGACUCCAAGACGAUUGACCCUAAAGUUGCAUUUCCCCGACGAGCACAGCCCAAGAUGGUCACAAGAACAAAGAAAAUAUUUGUAGGUGGAUUAUCGGCUAAUACAGUAGUGGAAGAUGUGAAGCAAUACUUUGAACAGUUUGGCAAGGUAGAGGAUGCCAUGCUAAUGUUUGACAAGACGACCAACAGGCAUAGAGGAUUUGGCUUCGUAACUUUUGAAAAUGAAGACGUGGUGGAAAAAGUCUGUGAAAUUCAUUUCCACGAAAUCAAUAAUAAAAUGGUAGAAUGUAAGAAAGCACAACCUAAAGAAGUGAUGUUUCCACCAGGGACGAGAGGAAGGGCACGUGGGUUGCCGUACACCAUGGACGCUUUCAUGCUCGGGAUGGGAAUGUUGGGUUACCCGAAUUUUGUUGCAACAUAUGGCCGAGGAUAUCCUGGAUUUGCCCCAAGUUACAGUUAUCAGUUCCCAGGUUUUCCAGCAGCGGCUUAUGGACCAGUAGCAGCGGCAGCCGUGGCAGCAGCAAGAGGAUCAGGCUCCAACCCAGCACGGCCAGGAGGCUUCCCCGGGGCCAACAGCCCCGGGCCCGUGGCGGAUCUGUACGGCACGGCCAGCCAGGACUCCGCCGUGGGCAACUACAUAAGCGCCGCCAGCCCGCAGCCAGGCUCGGGUUUUGGACACGGCAUCGCCGGACCUUUGAUUGCAACGGCUUUUACAAAUGGAUACCAUUGAAACGUUACACAUGGUUGGUUGCCAUCUCACUUGGAGAGUCUCUCUGGAUGUCCGGGCAAGACAGGGCGAAGUUUCUGAAGGGGCCCACGGUUGGGUGAUCUCAUCAGACUUUGAGCACAACAUCAUCAUCAUCAUCAUCAUCAUCAUCAUCACCACCAUCCCCGCCAACGCAAACUGGAGGUGGCACUCGAAGGACUUGGGUUGUUUAAAAUCUCUCUCUCAUCAUCUCAUGAAUCUGCUGUACUAUAAAAACAACAGCUUUUAAAAGUAUGUAUAUAAAAACC